UGUAGUUUGGUCCAGCAUAGCGUCAGAACAGGUUAUGUUACUUUUUGUUUUUAUUAUUUUUGAGCCACACCUGGAUUUGGUGAAACGGCCUUUAUGUUUUCUCUUUACUGUGAUUAUCUCAGUGUGAGGUGAAGACGCAGAGCUGAGCAGAUUUUUCUCCUCAGUUUGACGCCACAGAUCAUGGACUCUACAGAACGCCAAGAACCUCCAAAGGAACCAAUCACUGACAAGAACGGAGAUGAACCGAAGCCUGGAGACCUGAUUGAGAUUUUCCGUAACGUCUAUGAACACUGGGCUGUGUACGUUGGUGACGGCUACGUCGUCCAUCUGCUGGGACCGGACGGAAAUUUCUCGUCGUUCAGCACCAUCAACCUUCCAAUGGGGAAGAACAACAUUCUGAAGCAGAAGCUGCUGGAGGUGGUUUCCUCAGACGAGUGGCACAUCAACAACAUCCUAGACCAGGAGAAGCAGCCGCGCCCCGCACACAUCAUCGUGGACCAAGCCAACAAACUCGUCAGCACAACUCGAUCGUACAACGUCGUCGACUACAACUGUGAACAUUUUGCCACUGAGCUGCGCUACGGAGACGCCGAGUCCCAGCAGGUAGAAGAUGCUCUGAAGAUUGGACUUGGUGUGACUGGAGUCUCUUUAGCUUUGGGAGUCGUGAUUGUAGCUUUGCUAGUUUGGAAAACUAACCGGUCAACCAGUAACUGACAGUGAGAAUCUAUUCUGAGUGAUCUAGACACAUUUUAGGUUAUUAAGCUGUUUUAGUUUCAUCCUGACGAUGGAAACAAGUAUCUGAUUUUUAAUGGUCUAGUUGUUACUGCUGCUUUAAGAGUGAUCAGUCAUAGUUGUGAUAAUAAAAAUGAAGUAAAUUACAUAUUUAUUUCAUCUUCUUGUUUUAAUUGUAAGGAGUGACUGUGGCUUUCUAAGUCAACUUCCAUUAAAAAAAUCUAUUCAUGUUGCCACUACCUAUUUUAACCUGCAGGGGGAGUGUAACCUCAUCAGUAAGGCAAUUUGUG